UUUCUCCUGUUUUUUAGGUUAUCUGUGUAUCGCUUAUCGAUCCGGAUAAGCUGGACGAAGAAAGUGUGACGUAGACGAUUUGACACGCUUUGACAUGUGACCUGGUCACCCACCCACUAUGGUUGCUGGACGGGAUGCUGCCGCUCUGAUUCGUAAAGGCAUCUUUGCCGUUAAUAAGCCCGGCACACUCACAUCCACCGAGUUACUUAAUAAUCUAAAAGAUAUUAUUUACGAUGGUUUCGUCGAAAAACCGUCACCUCUCAAACUCGGCCAUGGUGGGACGCUCGACCGCAGCGCGGUUGGGGUUUUGGUUGUCGGAGUUAAUUGGGGGUGCAAAAAGUUACCAUUAUUAUUGCACGGGACAAAGAAUUACGUCGUCGUGGGACAAUUCGGAAUUGCUACGGACACUUAUAACGAGACUGGGAGAGUAAUUGAUGAGCGACCGUAUGGUCACAUCCGGGAAGAAGAUAUUUCUACCGCUUUAAAACAAUUUAUCGGCGAAAUCGACCAAACUGCGCCGGUUUACUCCGCCCUAAAAGUUGGAGGGAGGAGAAUGUCUGAUCUCAAGAGGGAUGGUUACGACGUCACUGCCAAAGAGAGAAAGGUGCGCUGCUACAGUGCCGAAUGUACGGACUAUUCACCGCCAUUUUUUACCCUGCAGAUCAGAUGUGGGGGUGGCUUUUAUGUGAGGAGUUUGGUCCAUGAUCUUGGCAUAGCUUUAAGCACUUGUGCUCACGUUCGACAACUCCAACGGACUCAACAAGGCCCCUUCACCCUGCAAGAAUGCUUGACCGCUCAGGAGUGGAACUUUACGCAAAUUAUGGAUGCUAUAUUGAUGUGUCAGCUAAAAUUUAGUCAUUUCGAGCAACGAUUAAAAAACCAGUCUUCGUGAUAUUUUCAUACAUUGUGCUGUACCUUAGUCGAAUUAAAUCAAAAACUGGACUAAUUAUUAUUAAAAGGCAUGAAAUUAGUUGUUUUUGAAUGAAUGUUUAACUUAGGAUUAGUUACAGUAACCAAAAAUAAUGAUUGUGAAAGUGAAUUCAAUUUAAAUGAUGAAAGAUAAGACUGUCCUGGAAAACAGUAGUCAAACCACUUUUCGUUUCGUACUCCUGUGUAUAUAUUAAUUUAUUUCAUAUGUGUCUAAAAUUCGCGUGAUGGUACGUACUUACAGAAUUAUAAAGGAAAGUCUAAAUUACUCGUGA